AUGGGAUCAAGCUUCUCAUCAUCAUCGCCAAGCACAAGUAUGGACGUGAGUACGUCUUUUGCUAAUUACUAUUCUAACAGAGUUUUUGAUGGAGGGGAAGCUCUCGCUGCAUCAGUUUUCCAACCCUCCGACGAAGACUACGCCUAUGCGACGGAGCUCCAUCUCCAAGAAGUUCUCGCUCCAUCAGUUUUUCAAUCCUCCGACGAAGACUAUGUCUAUGCGACGGAGCUCCAUUUUCAAGAAGCUCUGUUGUCUUCCAUGAUCGCUUCAACGGCUGAGAUUAACCAUCAUCCCCAACUCCAAAGGAAUAUCUCAACGCGUAUUCAUCACGAAGAACCAGAGAUAAAGAACGAGACCGAACCCGCCGAAGCAUCUAGAAGGUUACAGUAUUGUAUGAUCUGUAUGGACGAGAAGCCUUCCUCAGAGAUCUUCCAAGGAAACACUAACUGCACUCACUCCUACUGCACCGAGUGCACCGCCCGUUACGUGGCGACCAAGAUAGAAGAAAACGUAGCGAUGAUCAAGUGCCCUGACGUGAAUUGCACGGUUCUGAUAGAGCCGCACGUGUAUCGAGAUCUGAUCCCAAAAGACGUGUCCGAGCGUUGGGACAAAGGCUUGUGCGAGUCGUUGAUCGUGUCGUCGGAAAAAGUCUACUGCCCGUUCAAAGACUGCUCCGCGAUGAUGGUGGUGGACGACGAUGAUGCUAAAGUGACGGAGUCGGAGUGUCCGUCUUGUCACAGACUGUUCUGCGGUCAAUGCAAGGUGAUGUGGCACGCGGGGAUUGGGUGCGAAGAGUUUCAGAGAUUUGGGAACAAGAAGAGAAGCUUAUUUUUUAAGGCAAUAUCAACCAUAACCAACAAAAAGAACAAGAUGAAGAGGAAUAGCGAUGAAGAAGAUGCUUUGUUGAUUCAGAUGGCCAAGAAUAAGCACUGGAGGAGGUGUCCUAGUUGCAAAUUCUACGUUGAGAAAGAUUUUGGAUGUAUGCAUAUAAGUUGCAGGAAUCUCUCCACGGGUAUUAAGCAGGAAGAACCGGAGAUAAAGAUUGAGAACGAACCAAACUAUACCAAGGAUCUCGAAUACGAAGUAGCCCUGUUUGCUUCCUCGAACUCUUCGAAGGAUACCAUUAACCAUCAUCCACAACUCCAGAGGAAUCUCUCCACGGGUAUUAAGCAGGAAGAACCGGAGAUAAGGAUCGAGAACGAACCCGCCGAACCAAACAAUACCAAGGAUCUAGAUUACCAAGAAUCCCUGUUUGCUUCCUUCGACUCUUUGACGGCUAAGAUAAACCAUCAUCCCCAAGUCCAAAGGAAUCUCUCCACGAGUAUUAAGCAGGAAGAACCGGAGAUAAAGAUCGAGAACGAACCAAACUAUACCAAAGAUCUCGAUUACGAAGAGGCCCUGUUUGCUUCCUUGAACUCUUCGACGGCUACCAUUAAACAUCAUCCCCAACUCCAGAGGAAUCUCUCCACGGGUAUUAAGCAGGAAGAACCGGAGAUAAAGAUCGAGAACGAACCUGCCGAACCAUCUAGUAGGUUACGUUAUUGUAUGAUCUGUAUGGACGAGAAGCCUUCUUCCGAGAUCUUCCCAGGAAACACUAACUGCACUCACUCCUACUGCACCGAGUGCACCGUCCGUUACGUGGCGACCAAGAUAGAAGAAAACGUAGCGAUGAUCAAGUGCCCUGACGUGGAUUGCACGGUUCUGAUAGAGCCGUACACGUGUCGAGAUCUGAUCCCAAAGGACGUGUCCGAGCGUUGGGACAAAGGCUUGUGCGAGUCGUUGAUCCUGUCGUCGGAAAAAGUCUACUGCCCGUUCGAAGACUGCCCGGCGAUGAUGGUGGUGGACGACGACGAUCAAGGUAGUGAUGCUAAAGUGACGGAGACGGAGUGUCCAUCUUGUCACAGACUGUUCUGCGCUCAAUGUAAGGUGACCUGGCACGCGGGGAUUGGGUGCGAGGAGUUUCAGAGACUUGGGAACACGAAGAAGAAGAAGAGUAGCGAUGAAGAAGAUGAUGUGUUGAUUCAGAUGGCUAAGUAUAAACAGCGGAUGAGGUGUCCUAGUUGCAAGUUCUACGUGGAGAAAGUUGACGGAUGUAUGCAUAUAAAAUGCAGGUGUGGAUAUAAAUUUUGCUAUCGUUGUGGAUUAGCGUCGAAUCAUUUUUUUCACGUAUGCCGCAUUCGUGAUCGUUAA